AUGAAGCUUAACCCAGCCAAAUGCGCGUUCAGAGUGAGCUCGGGAAAGUUUCUGGGAUUUAUGGUUACCCAGAGAGGAAUCGAAGUCAAUCCAGAUCAGGUGAAAGCAAUCGCUAACAUGCUUGUACCAACAAACAAGAAGCAGUUACAACGUCUCACUAGCAAACUCAUCGCCCUCGGACGAUUCAUAGCUCGAUUCACAGACAAGAUGAAGCCUUUCUUCCUGGCACUCAAAGAUAUCAAUAAAUCCGGAUGGACGUCAAACUGCCAAAGAGCAUUUGAGGAAAUCAAGCGGUAUCUUUCUCAACCUCCCAUCCUAAGCAGCCCGCAACCUGGGAAGAGACUAUACAUGUAUUUGGUAGUUACCGAUUGGGCUGUUAGCGCGGUCCUGCUCCGCUCUUUGUCGCCCCGAGAUCAAAGACCCGUAUAUUUUAUCAGCAAAGCGCUCGCCGAUGCAGAAACAAGAUAUUCGAGGAUGGAACAAACUGCCCUGGUGUUGCGUACGGCCGCUCAGAAGCUGCGUCCCUAUUUCCAAGCUCACCCUAUAACCGUGCUUACCAAUCAACCUCUCAGGAAUAUUCUACAUAAACCAGACAUAACGGGCAGAAUGCUACAAUGGGCAAUAGAGUUGAGUGAAUAUGGGAUAGGUUAUCAACCUAGGUUAUCCCUGAAGGGACAAGUCAUGGCAGACUUUAUAGCAGAAUUGCCUGAAGUGCGUGCCCCGGAUGAAGAAUCAACACCGGGUGAUUGGUGGUCUCUGUAUGUUGAUGGUGCUUCCCGCUCAUCCGGAUCAGGGGUUGGACUCCUCCUCAAAGCGCCAACCGGGGAACGACUGGAGCAAUCCAUCCGUCUGGAUUUUCCCGCUUCAAACAAUGAGGCGGAAUAUGAGGUCAUCCUAUCCGGAUUGAACCUUGCAACCACUUUGAACGCCUCAAAAGUCAAAAUCCACAGCGACUCCCAGCUUGUUGUGGGCCAAAUACUAAAAGAGUAUGAAACCAAGGAUGAGCGCAUGGCCAAAUACUCAUUGAGAGUACAAGAAUCACUCAAUCGGUUGGAAGAAUGGAUCAUUGAGAAAAUCCCAAGGGGGGAUAAUGUGCAGGCCGACGCCUUGGCGGGAAUAGCUGCAUCAUUUCCCGUGAAAGAGUCAACAAUGCUACCGGUAUACCUUCAAAUCACUCCCACCAUUGCUGAACCAAACGUCUACAAUAUAAGCCCAAAGGAAGAUGAUUGGGUGGUUGACAUCAGAAUCUACCUACAAAUGGGGGCAGUGCCUGAAAAUCCUAAGCAUGCACACAAAAUUCAGAUACAAGCAUCCCGCUUUACCCUGAUCGGAGAUGAUCUCUACAGACGAUCCUUCGGAGGUCCGUACCUUAGAUGUUUGGUCCAGCCGGAAAUUCAGUAUGUCCUAUCCGAACUUCAUGAAGGCAUUUGCGGCAACCACUCAGGGAGCAGAACCCUAGCACACCGGGAGCAUUCGUAA